CACCAAAGUGGUUUGAUGGGCAGCGCUCGACCCAGAACAGGCAGGGCACCCUGGCUGAGUACUGCUACACGCUGGUCAACCUGCCCCACAAGAUCUCCCGGUGCCUGCACGUGGUCGACUUCUUCAAGGUCCGUCCCGAUGACAUGAACCCUGUCACAGACAGCCAGAUCAAGAAGCCCGAGGUUUUCCUCCUGCCGAAGGAUGCCAAGAAAAACCCCUCUGACAUCACGGGCCCCAUUGUCCUGCAAACAUACCGAGCCGUCGCCGACUACGAGAAGAGCUCCAGAUCUGAGAUGGCUCUAAAAGCCGGGGACAUGGUGGAUGUCGUGGAGAAGAGUGAGAGCGGCUGGUGGUUUUGCCAGUUGAAGAAUAACGGCUGGGGCCCGGCUGCCUAUCUGGAGCCGAUGGAUGGCCCUGACGAGUCUGAAGAGCAGGAGCCCAACUAUGCAGGGGAGCAAUACAUUGUCCAGAAAAGCUACACAGCCGUGGAAGAGGAUGAGCUGACCCUCAAGGAGGGUGAUACCAUCGAAGUCAUCCACAAGCUGCUCGAUGGCUGGUGGGUCAUCAGGAAGGACGAAACCACGGGUUAUUACCCCUCCAUGUACCUGCAGAAAGCUGGGGAGGCGAACACCCCCGUGAAGAGCGAGCUGAGGAACCGCAGUGCUCCUCCGCGGAGAUCCACCAUCCGAAACGUGAAAAGCAUCCACAAGCAGAGCCGGAAGCAGAUCAGUCAGGAGACCUACAGGAGGAACAGCAAGAAAUACAUCCAGAGCCGGAGGAACAUGAAGGAAAAUUUCCAGAACAAGGCCAAUGUCAUCAUUGAGAAAAACAAGCAAGAGGAAAACAAGCCCAAGGCUCAACCUGCUGUUCCUCCCCGUCCCAGCAAAGACCUCAUCCUG